AUGCACCAAGGAAAUUAAGCUUAAUAAAAUGCAUCUGAUUAUCGAAAUCCAUUGGAUGAUCAACUGAAUUACAAAAAUUAUUACAGAAUUAUGGUUGUAUUUUUUGCAAUUUUAGUUAUAUUGGGAAUAAUGCAAACUUAUCAAUUCACUCAAAACAUAAGAUAAAAACCUUUAACAUUUUUAUGA